UGUGAUAAUGCCAUUUAUUUAUCAAGUCGUCUCUUUCCAAAACAAUAAAUCCUAUAAGUCUCUUAUUCUUCCUCACCUCUAACAAUUUUUCGAAGAAAAAAGAAAAACAGAGAUAGAGAGGUGAAAUGGCAGGAGCUUUGAUUGGAGAGGCUUUUCUCUCUGCUUCCAUCCACGUGAUGUGCGAUAAGAUUGGUUCCGGCGAGUUCUUGGAUCUGUUUCGGGGGAAAAAGCUUGAUUGUUCGCUCAUGGAGAAGUUGAAGCUGACGUUGUUAACCCUUCAUGCAGUGCUCAAUGAUGCAGAGGAGAAGCAGAUUGUCAACCCUGUUGUGGGAAGCUGGCUCAAUGAGCUCAAACAUGCUGUCUUUGAUGCGGAAGAUCUACUCAAUGAGAUUGAUGCUGAAGCUUUGAGCUCCAAGGUGGAAGCUGAAUAUCAAACUAAGAAAACCCAGGUGUGGAACUUCUUAUCUACCUCUCUUAAUCCUUUUUAUCAAGGCAUGAAUGGUAGGAUACAAGAGUUAUUCCAAAGGUUAGACACCUAG